GUUCCCAGUCAGGCGAAGCCUGCAGGGUUUAUCGGCCCGGCGAACCGCGCCUGUCCGCCCCGGAGAGGCAGGGAGCCCGCCCGAGGAAAGUGUUCGCUGCAGAGCCCCAUGAAUGGCGGGCAGGGCCCGCCUGGGCUCAGCUAGUGGAAGUGUUAAAGACAUCUUUGUUGGAGCCAGGAAUGGACAAUACAGGCUUUUAAAAAUAGUCAUUGACAAUGAGCAGCUUGUUGUGGGAUCCUCUAGACAGCCAGUUGGAUCAUGGGAAAAGGAUUAUGAUUCCUUUGUCCUUCCCCUUCUUGAAGACAAGCAACCAUGCUAUAUAUUAUACAGAUUAGAUUCGCAGAAUGCUCAAGGAUAUGAAUGGAUCUUCAUUGCGUGGUCACCUGAUCACUCUCCUGUUCGUCAAAAAAUGUUGUAUGCAGCAACCCGAGCAACACUUAAGAAAGAAUUUGGAGGUGGCCAUAUUAAGGAUGAAGUAUUUGGAACAGUACAGGAUGAUGUUUCACUGAAUGGAUAUAAAAAAUAUUUGAUAUCACAAUCUUCGCCUGCACCUUUGACUGCAGCAGAAGAGGAACUUCGACAAAUUAAGAUUAACGAGGUACAGGCGGAUGUUGGUGUAGAUACCAAGCAUCAAACACUGCAAGGAGUAGCAUUCCCCAUUGCUAAAGAAGCUAUUCAGGCUCUGGAGAAACUGAAAAAUAAGAAACUCAAUUAUGUACAACUGCAAAUUGAUAUGAAAAAUGAAACUAUUAUUUUGGCCAACACGCUUGAUACAGAACUUAAGGACUUGCCAAAAAGAGUUCCAAAGGACGCUGCACGUUACCACUUUUUCCUGUAUAAGCACACACAUGAAGGAGACUAUUUGGAAUCCAUAAUUUUCAUCUACUCUAUGCCAGGGUAUACCUGUAGUAUACGAGAACGAAUGCUCUACUCUAGUUGCAAAAGUCCACUGUUAGAAAUUGUAGAAACACAGUUGUGGAUGCAGAUAGUAAGAAAGAUUGAAAUAGAUAAUGGUGAUGAAUUAACUGCUGACUUUCUUUAUGAAGAAGUACAUCCAAAACAACAUGCUUACAAACAGAGUUUUGCUAAGCCAAAAGGUCCUGCAGGGAAGAGAGGAAUACGAAGACUGAUUAGAGGCCCAGCAGAGACUGAAACACCUAGUGAUUAGAAACUGUGUUUGUAUUUGUUAAAGUAUUAGAGUAAGAAAUGAAAUUCUGGCUUUUGGUAAUGAACUGAAAUCAUUCCAUUCAUAGAUACUAGGGAUAAAAAAAAAAGCUCUUUUUACUCUUCUCUUUUCUGACCUCAACACUUUUUAUAUUGUUACAUGAUUAUAUUUGUUGACCAUGUUUUAUGACAUAUAGGAGAGAUAAUUAUUUUAAUACUAGAAGAGAAAAAAUAAGCUAGUGCCCCUUUAUUUUAAUUCAGAAUCCAUUAUUUAAUAGCUGUACAUGUGAUCAUAAACUUUGCAGACACAAGACUAUGAAGCCCAUGUAUUCUGUGGGUAAGUCACAGCUGUAUUCUUAUGUGUAGCCUAUUAAAGCUGUAAGACUUUCCAUGUGAGAAGAGAUGAAGGACUACAUAGCAUUAUCCCAAUUGAAACUUUAUUUUUCCUUGUAGCACUAAUGGACAAUAGUAAAAUAGAAGGCUGUCAUUGGAUUUUGACAGGAUGCAUUCCUGGAUUUUGUUGUUUUGUUUGGUUUUAAUUUUUUUCCUUGUAAUGGAAAAGAUAAACUAAAAUCAGUUAUCGUUUGAUUAAUAUAAGGAAGAGGUGGACAUUUUUCUAGGCAAAAACUUGGUCAACUCAAAUUUAUAACUAAUUUCAUGAAUUAUCUUUUAAAGAAAUCUGACAUAAAACACCAUAGCUUUUCCAGACUUCUGUAUCACUUGUAAGUGUUACCUAUUAGGUACUGAAUGACCAAGUAAAAGGUGAUUAAAAGUCCUUGAGUUAAUAUACUCAAUAGAUUACAGAGCUGCUUUCAGAGCAAUAUGCCUAAAGUAUCUAGUAAGUAAUUAAUUAUCGGUGCACUUGGAUCAAAAAAUGUGUAAAUUCAGUAAAAAUUGAAGUAGUCUUGCUUCAUAACAGUGAGUUAUCCUUGAGGUUCUACUCAUUUUGCAGUAUCAACUGCAAUCUUUACUUUCAAGGCAUUCUGAAAACUACUCUUCCUAAAUGUUUGAACUUCAGUAGUAGCCUACAUCUGUAAUUGAAAUCCAACUAGGUCUUGAAUAACUGCUGGCAGCAAGCCCCUGGUUAGGAUUUUUGGGUGUUUUUUCCUCCCUUCUUCCCUUCUUCAAAAUACUAAAAUCAGCCAGAAUAGUCUAAAUUUGACUGAACUGUAAGUAAUGCGUUUAACAGAAAGACAAAAUAUAGAUUAUUUUAAUAAGUCCAUUAAGGGAGACUUAGAUGUGGAAAUCAAGUAUUGGAUGACCUUAAAUAUUUAAAACGGUGUGAUGAAGCAAAUACUCGUGAAUAGAUUAUAUUCCUAGCGAGGAUUUGCUUUUUAGUGUCUCGUAUGUGACCUUUGUGGUUUUUGAGUUUUGUUGAUUUGGUUUUUUUAAAACUACAUGGGAGUUGCCAGCUUUGGUUCAUUGGAUAUUAUCGUAGCUGCUGGAUAUACUCAUUUUAGAGCUGAAUCAUGUGUUUACCUGGUGGAAGAUGGAUUUUAACCUAGUUUUGUAGGGAAUAAUGUUUUGACACUAGUAGUUCCUGACAAAAAAUUGUUUUAUCUAUUAUUUUGUUUGGCUAUACUAGCUUGCUAUUGACAUCUGAGAUUGCACUAUAUAAUGUGAAGGUUGCAAUAGUUGGUUUUACUGUGUUUUUUUUAUAUGCAGCAGAAAUUUUACACUUCAGCUUUUUUUCAUUUAAUUUUACACACUACAUCAGUCCAAUUCAAUAGCUCUUGAUCCUCAGCUAAUCUCCUGCUGGCCCUUAGCUCUCGUGUUCUUUUUCUGCCUCUUGCCUUCUCCAUCUGGGGUAAGGAGCUGGUCUUUGAAGUGUUUCUUCUGUACUAUGGCAGGCAAGUGUCAUAGUUUUUAAUAAAUAUAUGGUUACUGUGUGUGCAGCUCAUUGUAUACUGUAAUUAAAUGUAUUCUUAGACUAACUCAGAAUAUUUGCAGCACACCUAAUUCACUUUGGAGUUUUUCUUUUGGUUUGGUUUUAAGGAGUGUAGCAUUUAUAAAUUACUGCAAGAGGAUUGUUUGAAUUUAGUAUUCCUGCCCUUGUGCCAUAGCAGGAGUGCAUACACAUCUUUACACUUUCUUGAGCCAGUAAAGAAGUUCAGCUUUUUAAGACUAAAUGUUUUAAAUAAUGAACAGUUUGACCUGAUAUGGUUUGUGUGCAUGUUGUGGGGGUUUUGUUGGACGUUUGUUUUUGGCAUUUUUCCCGUUAUUUUUAUUGGUUUGUUUUUGUUGUUGGUUUUGGUGUUUCGGUUUUUUUUGUUUGUUUGUUUGUUAUCCGGCCCUGGGUAGAUGAGGAUAGAAGAUGGAAAUCUUAAUCUGGAUGAUGAUGAGGUAGUUAAGUGAUUAUGCAAGAGCAUUUAUGAUGAGCUGCUUUAGAGUUCAGCCCAAAGCAGACAUUGUAAAUUAUCUCACGUGAAAAUUUUCUAUGUGAUGUACACACCCUGGCCCAGCUGGGAGUCAGUCAUAUCCUGAGCAUGUCUCCCCCAAAACAGAAUUCUAUGAAGUCUUGCACUGCUGGCUGCUUCUCCAGGCCUCUUGUAGCUAUUCUCCUAACAGCAAUAAGAAGUAUCUGUUCUUUUUGUAAGAUCUAUCACUUUUACAUCUACAUAGUUGCUUCCACUUCUGUUUAUGAAUAUUCAGAACCAGCGCAAAAUGUGGGCAUUAAUCGAAGUUGCUCCUUUAACUGUCUCUGCUCAUUAAAUAAUUGAAAGUGUCCAUUCAAGUUGUUGUUGGCCUUCAUAAAGCCCCAAAGCAAUGCAGCUGCUUGCAGUUUACUCACAAGCUAUUAAACAGUUAAUUAACAGGACAGGUAAUAAAUAUUUAUGUUGAAAGUUAAGAUGAUCUUGGUCUUUUAAAACACUCCUAUCAAAGGUUAAACUAAUCAAGGUAAAAAUUGCUGUUGCUCAGAUAGACACUGUAAAUAAAAAAAAAUUGUUUAUCAGUAUGUUUAUGCAUUCAAUGAAAGCCACCUUCAGAUGCUAAAAUUGACUAAAUUUCCCUUAUCUAUUUUGUAAUUUACUUUAUAAAUAAAGAUUGAUGCU